AAAGGUCGCGAGAAGCGGGGGGUGGGAGGUUUAUAAAUACAGCAUCCCCCGCCGUCAUCUGAGAGCAGAGGAGCUAUCCGGGGAAAAGGGAGGAUCAGCGUCCGGGCUCCAAAGCACGCUGCGGAUGGGUUUGUGGCAAGGUUCUGGAAUUGGGAAAAGAGGGAACAUGAUGUCUGUGUUCCUGUUUCCGCUUCUGGGGCUCCUGCUGAACUUGGGGAAAGCCCAGGCACUGGUUUCCCCCAAUGAACUCCAGCAGCUGUCCACAGAAGGGAGUAAGUAUAUAGAUGCCGAGAUUGAAAAUGCUAUCAAUGGUGUGAAGCAGAUGAAGAAUCUUAUGGACAAAACUGGGAAAGACCACCAGCAGAUCCUCAACACCCUGGAGAAAGCCAAGAAGGAGAAGGAGGAAGCCAUUCAGCUGGCCAAGGAAACUGAGAAGCAGCUGAAUGAGAAGCCGGAGGUGUGCAACGAGACCAUGAUGGCCUUGUGGGAGGAGUGCAAACCCUGCCUGAAGCACACCUGCAUGAAGUUCUACUCCAGGGUCUGCAGGAGCGGUUCUGGCCUGGUCGGCCGCCAGCUGGAGGAGUUCUUGAAUCAGUCCUCGCCCUUUUCCAUUUGGUUGAAUGGGGAACGGAUGGACUCCCUCUUGGAAGAAGACCUCGAGCAGGACCAGAGGCUGGACAACCUGGAGGAGAACUUCAGCCUGAUGGAGCAGAGCAUCGAUGACCUUUUCCAGGACAGUUCGAUGGCUUACGGGCAGAUGCACCCCAUCUUCCACUCCCCCUUUCUGGGGGUGUUCCAAGACCCCAUGAGAUCCCCCUUCCGGGGCUUCCGUUUCCCUUUCUCCAGCGGCAGGGUAGUCAGGGACACGUCUUCCUUCUUCCCUCGCCACCAAGGCUUCCAACAUCUGUUCCAGCCUCUUUUUGAAAUGACCCGGAGGAUGAUGGAGGGGACCCAGAGAGCCUUAGAAAGGGAAAAUCAGUGGGACGUCCACGGUCGUGACUCGUCACUGGGUGGAUUCUUGCCAGAGUACAAUGCCACCAAUGACCGUAUGGUGUGCCGGGAAAUCCGACGCAAUUCAGCAGGCUGCUUGAAGAUGAAGGACCAGUGUGCUAAGUGCCAGGAGAUUUUGUCCAUAGAUUGCUCGGAGACAGACCCCUUACAAAGUCAGCUGCGGGAGAAGUUUGAAGAUGCCCUCCGGGUAGCGGAGAAAUUCUCCAAGAAAUAUGACGAGCUCCUCCAGUCGUUCCAGAUGGAGAUGCUGAACAUGUCUGUCCUCCUGGAUCAGCUGAACAAGCAAUUUGGAUGGGUGUCCCAGCUGGCCAACGUCACGCAGAACAGCAACGGAAUCUUCCAGGUCACCACGUUGCUUUCGAAAUCCUCAAAUCCAGAGGAUCCAUCCAUCCCAUCUGACACAGAGGUGGUUGUGCACAUCUUCGAUUCGGACCCAAUCUCUCUGACCAUCCCGGGAGAAAUUCCUUGGAACGACCCGAAGUUCAUGGAAAUGGUAGCGGAGGAAGCUCUGCGGCAAUAUAAGCAGAAUGCUGCAGGAAAGAUUGUCAUGUGAGUGCAGCUUUCCCUUUCACCCCUCUCCUGACAAACACCAUCCCAGCUCCUGAAGAGAUAAGCCAUAGCUUCCUGGAGAUACCUCUGUGCGCUCUAUAGUUAACAGGGCCAGGCAGAGAGAGUGGGAGGGAUCCCAGUCCUCAGGACCCCUCCCACAGCCCAGUCUCUCUGUGCUGGAUUCCACACCGCAAUGCCUGCACUUCACUGCUGGAAAAGAGAAUCCAUUCCCAAACUACUAACAGAAUAAAAUAGACCUCUCACCGACCA